AUGAAGGCCGAGCUGCAGGACGGCAAUCUCCCAUACUCAGCCAACCCCGCUUUCCGCGAGACCUUGAUGCAUGCCAUCACGUCUACCAGCUGGAGAAACACUACUUCAAAUGCCGCCAUUGAAUCCAAGAUGGGUCAUUUCACCAAUGGCAUUCUGGGCAAGUGGCGCUCUACUGGUCCAGACGCAGAUGCAUACAUGUUCGAGACGGAUAUCCAGGAGCCUAACUUCCAGCAGGCAUUCUGUGGCACAAACGACAGCUACAAUCGCUUGUAUGAGCUUAAGCAGCGGUACGAUCCUACAUUCUUGUUCUACAUGCCGACUGGUGUUGGGAGCGAGAACUGGGUCGUGGAGACCAGUGAUGGCCUUCCGGAUCAGAAUGGUCGGUAG